AUGAGUGAAAACGAUAAGGAUGAGUUUAAAAAUGCUAUCAGACAAAUUGGCUUUAGUUCGAUGAAUCUAGACAAUCCCUAUGAUAGGGUUCGAAUUUCAGAAUGGGUGAGAAAACUUGUUGCAAUUGAUGAUGACAGCUGUGAAAAUAUUAAGAAAAAGAAUGAAUAUAUACAAUAUUUAAAAAUUCAAGUUGCUAAUUCUUGUCUACAACUUCCUUUCACAAAACCUCCACCAAGUGCCAAUUUGCCAUCCCUUCCUGAGCUACUGGGUACCUUAGUUUGUGAAAAAAUACCUGGCCUUCCCAAACCUGGUCCUAUUGCUCCUGCUAUAAUUCACAAAUCUCCUGAUGGUAGAGCAUAUAUUUCAAUAAAGCAUGUUCCAGGAGAUGGUGUUUUAUGUUACAUGGCAGUCGAUGAAAAUUUAAACAACUUCUAA